AUGCCGAGGGUCCCAGCAGACCUUGAAUAUGAAACACUGACCGAGGUAAGAAAAUAAACAACAACAUUCAAAAACUAUGCUAGCUGGCUUAUCUUGGUAGCUAGCUACUGUAAUUAGCUAUAUAUGCUAUAACACUAACGUAAGCAAAGAUACUCUAAUAUCUCUGACGUAAACUACAUAGGACGACAUUGUAGGGCUAAGCAAAAGUUAGGGAGCUAACUACUAACGUUAGCUAACUAGCUUUACUUACUGUGACAAGGUAUUUAACUAGCUAGCUAGCUAGUUAGCCAGCUAUGAAUUUAUCUGAGGCUGCACUUUCAGGAAUAGGUAACUAGCCUAGUUGAAAAAAUAGCUACCAUGUUUAAAUUGAUGAGUUGCCAGCUAGCUAAUGAACAGGUGCAACUCUUCAGACAUUGCUAGCUAACGUUGUUAGCUUGAUAGUUAUCCUUCAUUGAUAACAAAGUUUGGCUAGCUAGCUUGUGAGCAAUGCCUGGUUUUCAAGCCAUGGAACAGCUUGUUAGCCACUCCCAAUGCUUUACAGCUGUGCUUUGCCUGUUGAGUGUUCUGACUUCUGAAAAAUGGUUUACAAUGUUAUUGUCACUAGUACUCAGUACUGUCAACGUGGGGUGAAGCAGAGGGGAAGAGGCGAAUAUAUAGAUCAUCUUUGGGUGAAGUAGCUAGCUAGCUAACCAACAAUUGAAAUGCCACGCUCAGCUUUGAAGUGCCUAAACAGCACUGCAGUCAGUAAACAAACUCAAAAAUCCACAUACUUCUUGAUGUCUAAAAUAACUGGACAAGAGUGCAUUGAAUCCAUCAUUGUUUUAUUGUCUACUACACACUGAAAAGACAAUAUCUAGUGUGCCAAUAUUGAUUACAUGUCCCCUCCCCCCUCUCACUUUUCAUUAUUUUCAGUGUAAAUACAGCUUCCCUGUUGAGGUUGUCAGUGAUAUCAAGAAUGCUACAGCGACUAAUGGAGACCUGCGUAUGUAUGUGGACUUCUACUGUAAGUUCACAGCUUAUAAACCUGUAUAAUCACUUGUCUUUUAUUGAACCUAGCCUAUGUCGAUCCUGUGUCACUGUCAGGUGUGUUGUUGGUGUCACUAUUUUUGUAGUGGUCAUGACACCUUAGGUCACCAGCAAAGUGGAUUAGAAAGGUUUGCUGAAAUAGGUUCUCGUGCUAAGCAAAGAUGUAUGGGCAGAUUGUUGUUUUGCACUCUAGGGUUGUUUCUGGACCAGACCAUUGUUUCACAACUUGAGUGCCCUGUGUCUGCCUUAAAUUAUGCAGAAUGCAAACAUGAUAUUUCUUUCUCAACCACAGGUUUCCCCAAUAAGGAAAAGAAGAAGUUAGUUUAUUUGUCUGGUACUAUUCCAGUUCCACAUGACGGUAAGCACACUAGCAUACUACUACUACUACUACUAAUUAUAAUAAUAACUAGUUUGUUUAGUACCUUGCCACAUUGAUAACAUUUUCACCACUCCCUAUGUAAGUUCUUAUUGAAUUAACCCAUAGAAAUAAUUUGUCCUCCAAGCAGGUAACACGUACAAUAUCCCUGUGUGCAUCUGGCUCCACGAGACCCACCCCCAGAGCCGUCCGCAGUGCUACGUGUGUCCCUCCAUCUCCAUGUUGAUCAACCCCAGGUGCCCAUAUGUGGAGGCCAGUGGGCAGGUGCUCCUCGACUGCCUCACCAACUGGAAGAGCGUAAGUCGACAACAAUGCUACACCGUGAUUUUGUGGUUUUCAUAGUGCUUGGUGAAUGUUUUGUUGAUGUCUUUUUUUAUUAUUAGAAGAAGAGAAAAGUUGGAGUUGUGGUUAUAGAAUGGAGAGAGAGAGACAGUGUGUGUAGCAUGCAAGGGUUGAGUGGAGUGGCAUUGAAGAGGGAUGGUACUUUAGCACCAUCAUAAUCAAUCUACUUUUCUAGUUUGUUGGAACUGCGUCUACCUUUUGAUUGGCAGGGGCUGGCCAACCUGUCAUUGCUCGUCUCAGAAAUGAGGUCUGCAUUUCAAAAGGAAACGCCCCUCUUUGCCAUGCACCCAAUCAGAGCUCAGAUGAUACCUACUGCAGCACACUCCAGUGCACAUGCAGAGUCUUCGGACCCUGGCAGGUAAAUUGAGAAGGGUGCUCAUUCCUUGAAAUAAUAGACAUAUACACUACCGGUCAAACGUUUUAGAACACUUACUCAUUCAAGGGUUUUUCUUUAUUUUUACAUUGUAGAAUAAUAGUGAAGACAUCAAAACUAUGAAAUAACACAUAUGGAAUCAUGUAGUAACCAAAAAAGUGUUAAACAAAUAUAUAAUAAUAAUAUAUUUUAUAUUUGAAAUUCUUCAAAUAGCCACCCUUUGCCUUGAUGACAGCUUUGCACACUCUUGGCAUUCUCUCAACCAGCUUCACCUGGAAUGCUUUCCCAACAAUCUUGAAGGAGUUCCCACAUAUGCUGAGCACUUGUUGGCUGCUUUUCCUUCACUCUGCGGUCCGACUCAUCCCAAACCAUCUCAAUUUGGUUAAGGUCGGGGGAUUGUGGAGGCCAGGUCAUCUGAUGCAGCACUCCAUCACUCUCCUUCUUGGUCAAAUAGCCCUUACACAGCCUGGAGGUGUGUUUUGGGUCAUUGUCCUGUUGAAAAACAAAUGAUAGUCCCACUAAGCCCAAACCAGAUGGGAUGGCGUAUCGCUGCAUAAUGCUGUGGUAGCCAUGCUGGUUAAGUGUGCCUUGAAUUCUAAAUAAAUCACAGACAGUGUCACCAGCAAAGCACCCCCACACCAUAACACCUCCUCCUCCAUGCUUUACGGUGGGAACUACACAUCCGUUCACCCACAUUGCGUCUCAUAAAGACACAGCGGUUGGAACCAAAAAUCUCCAAUUUGGACUCCAGGCCAAAGGACACAUUUUUACCGGUCUAAUGUCCAUUGCUCGUGUUUCUUGGCCCAAGCAAGUCUCUUCUUCUUAUUGGUGUCCUUUAGUAAUGGUUUCUUUCCAGCAACUCGACCAUGAAGGCCUGAUUCACACAGUCUCCUCUGAACAGUUGAUGUUGAGAUGUGUCUGUUACUUGAACUCUGUGAAGCAUUUAUUUGGGCUGCAAUUCUUGAGGCUGGUAACUCGAAUGAACUUAUCCUCUGCAACAGAGGGAACUCUGGGUCUUCCAUUCCUGUGGCAGUCCUCAUUAGAGCCAGUUUCAUCAUAGCGCUUGAUGGGUUUUGUGACUGCACAGCUUAUUUGAGCUGUUCUUGCCAUAAUAUGGACUUGGUCUUUUACCAAAUAGGGCUAUCUUCUGUAUACCCCUCCUACCUUGUCACAACACAACUGAUUGGCUCAAACGCAUUAAGAAGGAAAGAAAUUCCACAAAUGAUUUUUAAGAAGACACACCUGUUAAUUGAAAUGCAUUCUUGGUGACUACCUCAUGAAGCUGGUUGAGAGUGCAAGGCAAAGGGUGGCUACUUUGUAGAAUCUCGAAUAUAAAAUAUAUUUUCAUUUGUUUAACACUUUUCUGGUUACUACAUGAUUCCAUAUGUGCCAUUUCAUAGUUUGAUGUCUUCGCUAUUAUUCUACAAUGUUGAAAAUAGUAAAAAGAUUAAGAAAAACCCUUUAAUGAGUAGGUGUUCUAAAACGUUUGACCGAUAGUGUACAUACUUUACAUAAUUAAGAAGUCAUAUUUGUCGCAAUUUCUGAAGAUCAGUACAGUCAAGGGAAAUGGGGAUGAGGAAAGGUCAAGAUGCAGUAUACAUUUUUACAUUUUAAUAUUGUUUCAUUUUCAGUUGGUAGUAACCCUUCAUGCUUUGAGUUUGUAUUGUUCUGUGUCUCCCUCUUAGCUGGCCUCAACCAAGCAGUUCUACCCCGAGAGCCAGGCGCUCCUCAAUGUCCCCCACACCACUACCUAGAGAAAUAGGUGAGUGUUCUCCGAUUUUCUGUACCGUAUCUUAGAAGUGCAUUCCCUAACAUUCCCUGCUUUUUAAAGGUGGUCUAAUGUCAAGAUGAGUCCACGUCCCUGGCCAUCUGUUUUGUAGAUCCAGCUACAGUGGGGAUAACAAGUAUUUGAUACACUGCCGAUUUUGCAGGUUUUCCUACUUACAAAGCAUGUAGAGGUCUGUCAUUUUUAUCAUAGGUACACUUCAACUGUGAGAGACGGAAUCUAAAAUCAAAAAUCCAGAAAAUCACAUUGUAUGAUUUUUAAGUAAUUAAUUUGCAUUUUAUUGCAUGACAUAAGUAUUUGAUACAUCAGAAAUGCAGAACUUAAUAUUUGGUACAGAAACCUUUGUUUGCAAUUACAGAGAUCAUAAGUUUCCUGUAGGUCUUGACCAGGUUUGCACACACUGCAGCAGGGAUUUUGGCCCACUCCUCCAUACAGACCUUCUCCAGAUCCUUCAGGUUUCGGGGCUGUCGCUGGGCAAUACAGACUUUCAGCUCCCUCCAAAUAUUUUCUAAUGGGUUCAGGUCUGGAGACUGGCUAGGCCACUCCAGGACCUUGAAAUGCUUCUUACGGAGCCACUCCUUAGUUGCCCUGGCUGUGUGUUUCGGGUCGUUGUCAUGCUGGAAGACCCAGCCACGACCUAUCUUCAAUGCUCUUACUGAGGAAAGGAGGUUGUUGGCCAAGAUCUCGCAAUACAUGGCCCCAUCCAUCCUUCCCUCAAUACGGUGCAGUCGUCCUGUCCCCUUUGCAGAAAAGCAUCCCCAAAGAAUGAUGUUUCCACCUCCAUGCUUGACGGUUGGGAUGGUGUUCUUGGGGUUGUACUCAUCCUUCUUCUUCCUCCAAACACGGUGAGUGGAGUUUAGACCAAAAAGCUAUAUUUUUGUCUCAUCAGACCACAUGACCUUCUCCCAUUCCUCCUCUGAAUCAUCCAGAUGGUCAUUGGCAAACUUCAGACGGGCCUGGGUAUGCGCUGGCUUGAGCAGGGGGACCUUGCGUGCGCUGCAGGAUUUUAAUCCAUGACGGCGUAGUGUGUUACUAAUGGUUUUCUUUGAGACUGUGGUCCCAGCUCUCUUCAGGUCAUUGACCAGGUCCUGCCGUGUAGUUCUGGGCUGAUCCCUCACCUUCCUCAUGAUCAUUGAUGCCCCAUGAGGUGAGAUCUUGCAUGGAGCCCCAGACCGAGGGUGAUUGACCGUCAUCUUGAACUUCUUCCAUUUUCUAAUAAUUGCGCCAACAGUUGUUGCCUUCUCACCAAGCUGCUUGCCUAUUGUCCUGUAACCCAUCCCAGCCUUGUGCAGGUCUACAAUUUUAUCCCUGAUGUCCUUACACAGCUCUCUGGUCUUGGCCAUUGUGGAGAGGUUGGAGUCUGUUUGAUUGAGUGUGUGGACAGGUGUCUUUUAUACAGGUAACGAGUUCAAACAGGUGCAGUUAAUACAGGUAUUGAGUGGAGAACAGGAGGGCUUCUUAAAGAAAAACUAACAGGUCUGUGAGAGCCGGAAUUCUUACUGGUUGGUAGGUGAUCAAAUACUUAUGUCAUGCAAUAAAAUGCAAAUUAAUUACUUAAAAAUCAUACAAUGUGAUUUUCUGGAUUUUUGUUUUAGAUUCCGUCUCUCACAGUUGAAGUGUACCUAUGAUAAAAAUGACAGACCUCUACAUGCUUUGUAAGUAGGAAAACCUGCAAAAUCGGCAGUGUAUCAAAUACUUGUUCUCCCCACUGUAUAUGCCACAAUCUAAAAUAAAUGGAAAAGGUAAGCACCAUUUAAUUUUCUCAUCAUUCAGUUGAUGCAUGUAGCUGGAUUUACACAAUCAGGGCAUAAAAUUAACGUUUUGGUCCACCAGCCACUGUGGCAGGUAGAUAACAAUUUUUUUACCAGCCACUCAUAUUUUUUUACCUGCCAAAAUAUAUUUUUACAGUUAAAAUUACACCAACAAAACACAAAAAAAGCAGAUGAGCAUGCUUUGUAAUAUUUCUAAAACAAUACUUGUAUGACUAGUAAGAACUAAUUUGGUAUAUUGUUUGAAUUCGUUUUUUAUGACCUGAGUCUUUUAUCCAAAACAUCAUAGAUGAGACAAAAAAUGUUCACCUGCCCCUUUAAGGGCGGGAGGUUACCGUGGUAGCGUAACUCCAGUCCUGUUUGUGAUUGUGGGAUUGAGUUUGACUAGUAGAGGCGUUGUCUUCUCUUCCCUAGCAGGUGAAACUCAAACAUAGAAAAACAAUCUAGCUUGUGAACAAAACAAUGUAAAUAACCAAGAAACAAGGACAAAGUCUGACUUCAGUAGACUUUCGUUUCAAGUAAAUUAGACCAACUUUUAUGCCUGUGCGCAGCGCUUCUAAAAAUUAAUCUUUCACUCAGCUCUUCACAUGCGCACAGCCUCCAGCCAGGCAGUGUUGCAGCGCGAGGUGGAAUAGGCUAUAUAGGAUUCGUAGUUCUUUUGUGCUAUGAAACAAAACGGCAGAAAUACUUUGAAAACAGCUACUGCAGCAUUUAUUUUACUAUACACUACCAGUCAAAAGUUUGGACACACCUACUCAUUCAAGGGUUUUUCUUUAUUUGUACUAUUUUUUUACAUUGUAGAAUAAUAGUGAAGACAUCAAAACUAUGAAAUAACACCUAUGGAAUCAUGUAGUAACCAAAAAAGUGUUAAACAAAUCAAAAUAUAUUUUGAUUUGAGAGCCAAUUUCAUCAUAGCUCUUGAUGGUUAUUGUGACUGCACUUGAAGAAACUUUCAAAGUUCUUGAAAUGUUCCAUAUUGACUGACCUUCAUGUCUUAAAGUAAUUAGGACUGUCGUUUCUCUUUGCUUAUUUGAGCUGUUCUUGCCAUAAAAUGGACUUGGUCUUUUACCAAAGAGGGCUAUCUUCUGUAUACCUUGUCACAACACAACUGAUUGGCUCAAACGCAUUAAGAAGGAAAGAAAUUCCGCAAAUUAACUUUUAAGAAGGCACACCUGUUAAUUGAAAUUCAUUCCAGGUGACUACCUCAUGAAGCUGGUUGAGAGAAUGCCUAGAGUGUGCAAAGCUGUCAUCAAGGCAAAGGGUGGCUAUUUGAAGAAUCUCAAAUAUUAAAAUAUAUUUUGAUUUGUUUAACACUGUUUUGGUUACUACAUGAUUCCAUAUGUGUUAUUUCAUAGUUUUGAUGUCUUCACUAUUAUUCUACAAUGUAGAAAAUAGUAAAAAUAAAGAAAAACCCUGGAAUAAGUAGGUGUGUCCAAACUGGUACUGUAAAUAUGAUCAUACUUAACAAUUUUUAUUCACAACUGCGAGUGAAAUGCUCACACUGUGGAGCCCUGACCACCCACUAAUGUGGCUGGUGAAAUAGACAUCUUACCCGCCAAUGCCAAAAUCUACCCGCAGGUGUUAAUUUUAAGCCCUGUACACAAUCAAUAGCUAAACGGCCAACCCACUUCUCCUUUCAUCCCACUCCUCCUCACUGCUCCUCCCUCACCCUAAUUUAUAAUAACUUGUAGUAAAUUGUCAACCUUUGCUUUCAUUUCCUCACUAACUUCUCCUAGCUCCGCCCAAGAGUUUAAAGUCCAGCCAAUCGGGGCCUCUCAGAGAGUCUGGGACUGGUGUGAAACGGUCCUACACAGAGGAGCUGCUGGAUAUGGGGAUCAACUUUGGAGUGCCAGGGGGAGUCCAGUUUCCCUACUCCUCCACCAACCCCUUCAUCACUACAGCCUCAGGUAGGACCCACUAUAUAAACAUUUGGGUCUGGUUUCCCGGGCACAGAUUAGGCCUAGUCCUGCACUAUAAAGCAUGUUCAGUGUAGAUUCUCCAUUGAAAGUUCUUCUUAGUCCAGGAAUAGUCUUAACCAGCCUAAUAAGGUAGGAAAGUAGUACUAAGCUACAUCUGGUAUUUCCAAGUAGUAUUUUUGUAAAGCUAUGGGGAUAUCUAAACUAACAAAAUGCUGCAUAGUGCAGCAUUGAAUGUGAGCAUGCCGUAUUUGUAUGUACAGUGUGUAUUUAAAGUAUGGUAUUGGUAGCAUUAUGAUACAUAAUGAAAUGUAUUUUGAGCUUUGAUAUUUGAGCUUUGAUUAUCUGCCAUUUCAUUUUCUCAUACCACAGCGCCAAAUAACACUCCUGUUAGUUCCGAGGACAUGAACAACCUAUUCAAGAGCCUGCAGUUGGAAAAUAUUGUCAAUGUGUACCAGCUUGGCACUAAAGAAAGAGGUGAGUGGAAAACUGAAUCCCUGAAGGGUUUAAAAUGUGUAUGAAUUUAGGUUUAACCCCCCCCCCCCCCCCCCUUUUCUAAAGAAACCAAAUGAAUUAAAGUAGGACUAUUGAAUUUUGUAUUGUAAUAUUGUAUUCAGCUACACCAGAGUGUUCUAAUGAACCUACAUUCAAUAUUCCCUCUAAGGUGCGCGUGUGCAGCCGUGCAGCUUCUGCGAGUUCCGCGCAGAAAAAAUCCCCGGUCAGAUACACGAAACCCGCUCAGAUACACGAAAAUUUACUUCACUGGAGUUUGCCCAUUUUUGUUAGUUUUUUCAACAAAUCAACUUUUCCCUCUGUGGGAUUUGUGAUCGAAUCAAAAAAAAUAUCAGCAACAAGCCUAAAGCAAAUUAAACUAUCCAAUAUUUAGUCUGUAAUUUUGUUGUAGGUAGAGUGCAUCAGAGUAGAAUUCUAUUGCAUUGACAGGCACGAUUAGCCUUUGUCACCCGCGGUCGCGAGUAGAUGCGCUUUUGAGAUCAAAGCGCAGAGCCGUGUGUGCACGUUGUUUGAGAUCUUUGUUAGUUAGUGAGUUAUUAGCCAAGUUAUAGCAAAACUUUAAAAAGCGAGUUAGGUAGGCCGAAAUAGCUUUUUUUUUUAUGUCUUAAAUGGGCCGUACUGUAUUUUGAGACUUGACAAUGCUUAGCGGCAGAUGGUAGCCUACAUUUCAUUCACCUAUUUGGCCCAUGGUGUUCCAGACCUCUUUUUGUUUGUGUUUUUUGGAGAACAAUUUUAAAAGCUUAAUGUCAAGCCCUGCAUAACGUUUUUAAGUCCUACAGCUCAGCUGGUAGAGCACGGCGCUUGUAACGCCAAGGUAGUGGGUUCGAUCCCGGGACCCCAUGCACAAAAAAAAAAAUGUAUGCACGCAUGACUGUAAGUCGCUUUGGAUAAAAGCGUCUGCUAAAUGGCUUAUUAUUAUUAUAUUAUAGUACCAGUCAAAAGUUUGGACACACUUACUCAUUCAAGGGUUUUUAUUUACUUUUACUAUUUUCUACAUUGUAGAAUAAUAGUGAAGACAUCAAAACUAUGAAAUAACACAUAUGGAAUCAUGUAGGAACCAAAAAAGUGCUAAACAAAUCAAAAUAUAUAUUGUAUUUGAGAUUCUUCAAAUAGCCACCCUUUGCCUUGAUGACAGUUUUGCACACUCUUGGCAUUCUCUCAACCAGCUUCACCUGGAAAGCUUUUCCAGCAGUCUUGAAGGAGUUCCCACAUAUGCUGAGCACUUGUUGGCUGCUUUUCCUUUACUCUGCUAUCCGACUCAUCCCAAACCAUCUCAAUUGGGUUGAGGUCGUGGGAUUGUGGAGGCCAGGUCAUCUGAUGCAGCACUCCAUCACUCUCCUUCUUGGUAAAAUAGCCCUUACACAGCCCGGAGGUGUGUUGGGUCAUUGUCCUGUUGAAAAACAAAUGAUAGUCUAACUAAGCCCAAACCAAAUGGGAAGGCGUAUCGCUGCAGAAUGCUGUGGUAGCCAUGCUGGUUAAGUGUGCCUUGAAUUCUAAAUAAAUCACAGACAGUGUCACCAGCAAAGCACCCCACACCAUAACACUGCCCAUCUACUCUCGCUCCUCAGGACAGACGCAGGGCAAUGAAGACGAUAGAGGUGACGGUGACCACCCCCCGAUCCCCCCUGCAGUCACGCCCCUGGUGGACAACCAGCAUCGUAUCCUGGUGAGCCGGCUGCCAUCGGACCAGUCACCCAGCCGUGUGAAGAACAAGCUCACCCUCUACUUCCAGCGCAGGAGCAACGGUGGAGGAGAGGUGCUGGACGUGACCUACCCUUACCCCCCGACCCAUCCUGACCAGGCCCUGGUCACCUUCCGCAGUCCCAGAGGUGAGUGAAAAAGGGGCUGGGGGUAAGGGAGAGCAUAUACUGUAGAUGUGAAGGGUUAACACGCAUACACUCCCAUGGAGUUACAGCCUGAAAAUGUACAUUGUAGAGAAAAUGUAAAGUAUUCCCACGCACAUGAUUUUUCUCAUCACAUUGUCAACAUUUUACAAAACCUAGGUAUGGGAGAGUAUAUACAGUACAUCAGGGUCAUUUUCAUUAGCACCAAACGGAAGAAAAUAGACUAAUGAUAAAUUGUUUUUCUAUUGUUAUUUUUGAUCUGCUUUCAGAUGCAGAGCAGGUGCUCUUACAAGCAGACCGAAUUGUUACUGUGAAUGAGCGGCCUUGCCUUAUACAGCUCAAGAGGUUUAACUGUGCUCAGGUAAGACUGGGCUUAACCCCCAACCAAGUUUUUGUUCUUCUGUGUGUAUGUGUCUGUCUAUGUCCGUGUGUGCUCCAGGGUUUGUGUGCGUGUUGUAUAAGUGUGUGUGUUCCAUGAUUUUUUAUAAAGACUGCAAAAAGACCAACUUCCGUUUCAACAAUAGACGCUAAAGUACUACUCUACUCUCUUCAUAUCUAUGCAAUUCUCUUUCGUCAGAUUGCGGUGCCACCCGGCGUCUCCGGCGACAAGGCGGCCAUCUUCCAUAGCCUGCUUUCACUCGAGGGGCGGAGCUUCAGCCAGGCCGAUGUGGAGGAGGCGGUGCAGUCGUGCCGGGAUCUUCCCUCGGCCCUCAAGUACCUGUCCCAUGAAUGCCCCAUCUGCCGCGAGCAGGUGUCCUUCAGCAAGGUGGGUGAGAGACUGGGACCACAUUCAAAUACUGUCAACAUGGAUCCUUCCUUACCUUCCUUCUUUGAAGUAGUCACUGGUCCACUACUGUUGGGCAGGUUAAAGCAGGGUUGCCCUAGUCUCCUGCAGGCUUUAUUUGAAUAUGGCAGCUCACGAUUGCACAGCUGUUUACUUGAUAUCUACCCACUCAUGCACAUUCUUUAAAAGGCAAGUUUGCAAGACAUUCCGCCAUUGUUUGUGUGGGAUCAACAAGGUUUUAGCACACUGUGAGGUUUAGAAGGGUAAAAUGUCUCUAUCGUGCUCCACCUCCCCCUCUCGAUCUUUCUCUCUCUCUCUCUCCCUCCCUUCCUCACUCCGUGUCCCUCCACAGAUCAUCUCUAUGACCCACUGCCCAUGUGCCUUCUGCGAGAGCUGCUUCAAGGCCUACUUCUCCCAGGCCAUCAAGGAGAAGAGCAUCGUCCAUGUGGUGUGUCCCCUGUGUGGCCAGCCCGACGUGCGUCAGAGCCAGGGAGGCGUGGAGGAGGCCUUGGACUACUUCAGCCUUCUGGACACACAGGUCAGGCGCAAGGAGCUUCCUGGUGGUAGUAGACAUUGUUUCGAUGUAGUGUUCAGACCCUACCGCUGUAUAGACAGGGCGGACUGCUCUAUCUAGCUCCGUUUCAAUUGAAAUGUUUGGUUAGAAAGUCCAUUAACAUUCAGUUUCGUUAGUGGAUGGGGAUGUCAUUUAGAGCAACGUUAAACUGGCUCCAAAUAGCUAGCUGCCAUCUCCUAUGUCUACUGCAAAUCUUCUGUAAAAUAAGGACCUUGUAGCAGUCGUAAGGAGGCAGGCAGGUAGAGGUGCAAAUGGGUGUUGGUUUUAUUUACACCGCGCUGGUGAUGACAUGAUACAUUGACAAGUUGAUAUAGACUGCUCAAAAAAAUAAAGGGAACACUUAAACAACACAAUGUAACUCCAAGUCAAUCACACUUCUGUGAAAUCAAACUGUCCACUUAGGAAGCAACACUGAUUGACAAUAAAUGUCACAUGCUGUUGUGCAAAUGGAAUAGACAACAGGUGGAAAUUAUAGGCAAUUAGCAAGACACCCCCAAUAAAUGACUGGUUUUGCAGGUGGUGACCACAGACCACUUCUCAGUUCCUAUGCUUCCUGGCUGAUGUUUUGGUCACUUUUGAAUGCUGGCGGUGCUUUCACUCUAGUGGUAGCAUGAGACGGAGUCUACAACCCACACAAGUGGCUCAGGUAGUGCAGCUCAUCCAGGAUGGCACAUCAAUGCGAGCUGUGGCAAGAAGGUUUGCUGUGUCUGUCAGCGUAGUGUCCAGAGCAUGGAGGCGCUACCAGGAGACAGGCCAGUACAUCAGGAAACGUGGAGGAGGCCGUAGGAAGGCAACAACCCAGCAGCAGGACUGCUACCUCCGCCUUUGUGCAAGGAGGAGUAGGAGGAGCACUGCCAGAGCCCUGCAAAAUGACCUCCAGCAGGCCACAAAUGUGCAUGUGUCUGCUCAAACGGUCAGAAACAGACUCCAUGAGGGUGGUAUGAGGGCCCGACGUCCACAGAUUGGGGGUUGUGCUUACAGCCCAACACCGUGCAGGACGUUUGGCAUUUGCCAGAGAACACCAAGAUUGGCAAAUUCGCCACUGGCGACCUGUACUCUUCACAGAUGAAAGCAGGUUCACACUGAGCACGUGACAGACGUGACAGAGUCUGGAGACGCCGUGGAGAACGUUCUGCUGCCUGCAACAUCCUCCAGCAUGACCGGUUUGGCGGUGGGUCAGUCAUGGUGUGGGGUGGCAUUUCUUUGGGGGGCUGCACAGCCCACCAUGUGCUCGCCAGAGGUAGCCUGACUGCCAUUAGGUACCGAGAUGAGAUCCUCAGACCCCUUGUGAGACCAUAUGCUGGUGCGGUUGGCCCUGGGUUCCUCCUAAUGCAAGACAAUGCUAGACCUCAUGUGGCUGGAGUGUGUCAGCAGUUCCUGCAAGAGGAAGGCAUUGAUGCUAUGGACUGGCCCGCCCGUUCCCCAGACCUGAAUCCAAUUGAGCACAUCUGGGACAUCAUGUCUCGCUCCAUCCACCAACGCCACGUUGCACCACAGACUGUCCAGGACUUGGCGGAUGCUUUAGUCCAGGUCUGGGAGGAGAUCCCUCAGGAGAACAUCCGCCACCUCAUCAGGAGCAUGCCCAGGCGUUGUUGGGAGGUCAUACAGGCACGUGGAGGCCACACACACUACUGAGCCUCAUUUUGACUUGUUUUAAGGACAUUACAUCAAAGUUGGAUCAGCCUGUAGUGUGGUUUUCCACUUUAAUUUUGAGGGUGACUCCAAAUCCAGACCUCCAUGGGUUGAUACAUUUGAUUUCCAUUGAUAAUUUUUGUGUGAUUUUGUUGUCAGCACAUUCAACUAUGUAAAGAAAAAAGUAUUUAAUAAGAUUAUUUCAUUCAUUCAGAUCUAGGAUGUGUUAUUUUAGUGUUCCCUUAAUUUUUUUGAGCAGUGUAUUUACAAUCUUCUGACUUCUAAAUGUCAGUAUUCAAAAAGAAAAAGCCUCCUAUCAUGCGAAACCUGUCUUAACUAGAAAAGCACAGGUGGGGUCUACUAGGCUCAGAUGCAGCCUCCCCAUUGACUAACUGAAAUCAAACUGAACGAGAACAUAACCCAAACAGGCACCUAAAUAAGCCAUACCUAUCCUGGUGCGCAGACCAGAUACUUCUGUUCACACAACAUUACACAAGACAGAGAAACUAGACAAACAAGAAAAUGAAGAAAUUGACAGAACUGGUUAAUGCAAUGAAAUAACACCAAGCUUCUUCCUCAUUGGUGUAGGAUAGUUUGUGAGCUCUCCAAACAAAAGUCCACUUUGAGAAAUGAGAACGGUAUGAAUGUAAUAAUAUAUUUUUAAUGACUGAACAGAAAUUACUGUAACCAAGCAUUCUAGUUUACUGGGACAUGGCAAUGAUUGACGGUAGCCUACAUUUACUACUGGUGCUAGAUUUGAUAUAUAGUGGGGAAUUGAUAAACAUUUACCAAAGGGCAAACAAUCCACACAAUGAAACAAUGCGUGCGCACAGAUUUGCAGGAGUCAGUGAGCGCAUUCGUGGAGAGAGACGCACCAGUCUCAGGUCCGGUUUCUCGGACCCUGAUAAACCUGGACUAAAAAGCACAUUCAAGGGAGUUUCUCCAUAGAGCAGGGGUCUGAUGUUUAAUCAUCAGGUGAACUAUAAUGUCAAGGAGAAGUAAAUCAACAUUUUUUAAAUUAAUAGAUUUGGUAGAUAGUGUUUCACUAUUUUGACCGCCCCACAUUAUAAUUGGAAGAGGAAGUGUAAACUCUAACAGCCUAUUAGCUAGAAAGGUAAUUCCAAACAAAUUUUCGCUAAGAGCAGCUGUUUCGCUGGUUAAACAAAGGUUAGCCAUUUGUUGGCGAAAAUGUAUGUCCAAUUCAAGAAAGCUUACCAGCAGCACUUGUUGCACUGCUAGCAUAUUCACGGCUGCUUUUACAAAGCCUAUGUCAUAUACUCCAGUGAGUGUAAUUGUCUCCAAUGAGUGUAAUUUGCUCAAUAUUAGGAGUUGAGAAAUAAAGUUCCUUAACCCCUUCUAUAAAGCACAAGUGGGGUCUACUAGGCUCAGAUGCAGCCUCCCCAUUGACUAACUGAAAUCAAACUGAACGAGAACAUAACCCAAACAGGCACCUAAAUAAGCCACACCUAUCCUGGUGCGCAGACCAGAUACAGUGGGGGGAAAAAAGUAUUUAGUCAGCCACCAAUUGUGCAAGUUCUCCCACUUAAAAAGAUGAGAGAGGCCUGUAAUUUUCAUCAUAGGUACAAGUCAACUAUGACAGACAAAUGAGAAAAGAAAAUCACAUUGUAGGAUUUUUAAUGAAUUUAUUUGCAAAUUAUGGUGGAAAAUAAGUAUUUGUUCAAUAACAAAGUUUCUCAAUACUUUGUUAUAUACCCUUUGUUGGCAAUGACACAGGUCAAACGUUUUCUGUAAGUCUUCACAAGGUUUUCACACACUGUUGCUGGUAUUUUGGCCCAUUCCUCCAUGCAGAUCUCCUCUAGAGCAGUGACGUUUUGGGGCUGUCGCUGGGCAACACGGACUUUCAACUCCCUCCAAAGAUUUUCUAUGGGGUUGAGAUCUGGAGACUGGCUAAGCCACUCCAGGACCUUGAAAUGCUUCUUACGAAGGCACUCCUUCGUUGCCCGGGCGGUGUGUUUGGGAUCAUUGUCAUGCUGAAAGACCCAGCCACGUUUCAUCUUCAAUGCCCUUGCUGAUGGAAGGAGGUUUUCACUCUAAAUCUCACGAUACAUGGCCCCAUUCAUUCUUUCCUUUACACGGAUCAGUCGUCCUGGUCCCUUUGCAGAAAAACAGCCCCAAAGCAUGAUGUUUCCACCCCCAUGCUUCACAGUAGGUAUGGUGUUCUUUGGAUGCAACUCAGCAUUCUUUGUCCUCCAAACACGACGAGUUGAGUUUUUACCAAAAAGUUCUAUUUUGGUUUCAUCUGACCAUAUGACAUUCUCCCAAUCCUCUUCUGGAUCAUCCAAAUGCACUCUAGCAAACUUCAGACGGGCCUGGACAUGUACUGGCUUAAGCAGGGGGACACGUCUGGCACUGCAGGAUUUUAGUUUGUUACUUUGGUCCCAGCUCUCUGCAGGUCAUUCACUAGAUCCCCCUGUGUGGUUCUGGGAUUUUUGCUCACCGUUCUUGUGAUCAUUUUGACCCCACGGGGUGAGAUCUUGCGUGGAGCCCCAGAUCGAGGGAGAUUAUCAGUGGUCUUGUAUGUCUUCCAUUUCCUAAUAAUUGCUCCCACAGUUGAUUUCUUCAAACCAAGCUGCUUACCUAUUGCAGAUUCAGUCUUCCCAGCCUGGUGCAGGUCUACAAUUUUGUUUCUGGUGUCCUUUGACAGCUCUUUGGUCUUGGCCAUAGUGGAGUUUGGAGUGUGACUGUUUGAGGUUGUGGACAGGUGUCUUUUAUACUGAUAACAAGUUCAAACAGGUGCCAUUAAUACAGGUAACGAGUGGAGGACAGAGGAGCCUCUUAAAGAAGAAGUUACAGGUCUGUGAGAGCCAGAAAUCUUGCUUGUUUGUAGGUGACCAAAUACUUAUUUUCCACCAUAAUUUGCAAAUAAAUUCAUUAAAAAUCCUACAAUGUGAUUUUCAUGAUUUUUUUUUUUCAAUUUGUCUGUCAUAGUUGACGUGUACCUAUGAUGCAAAUUACAGACCUCUCUCAUCUUUUUAAGUGGGAGAACUUGCACAAUUGGUGGCUGACUAAAUACUUUUUUUCCCCACUGUACUUCUGUUCACACAACAUUACACAAGACAGAGAAACUAGACAAACAAGAAAAUGAAGAAAUUGACAGAACUGGUUAAUGCAAUGAAAUAACACCAAGCUUCUUCCUCAUUGGUGUAGCAUAGUUUGUGAGCUCUCCAAACAAAAGUCCACUUUGAGAAAUGAGAACGGUAUGAAUGUAAUAAUAUAUGUUUAAUGACUGAACAGAAAUUACUGUAACCAAGCAUUCUAGUUUACUGGGACAUGGCAAUGAUUGACGGUAGCCUACAUUUACUACUGGUGCUAGAUUUGAUAUAUAGUGGGGAAUUGAUAAACAUUUAACAAAGGGCAAACAAUCCACACAAUGAAACAAUGCGUGCGCACAGAUUUGCAGGAGUCAGAGAGCGCAUUCGUGGAGAGAGACGCACCAGUCUCGGGUCCGGUUUCUCGGACCCUGAUAAACCUGGACUAAAAAGCACAUUCAAGGGAGUUUCUCCAUAGAGCAGGGGUCUGAUGUUUAAUCAUCAGGUGAACUAUAAUGUCAAGGAGAAGUAAAUCAAAAUUUUUUAAAUUAAUAGAUUUGGUAGAUAGUGUUUCACUAUUUUGACCUCCCCACAUUAUAAUUGGAAGAGGAAGUGUAAACUCUAACAGCCUAUUAGCUAGAAAGGUAAUUCCAAACAAAUUUUCGCUAAGAGCAGCUCCCCCAUGCGUUUACAAAGCCUAUGUCAUAUACUCCAGUGAGUGUAAUUGUCUCCAAUGAGUGUAAUUUGCUCAAUAUUAGGAGUUGAGAAAUAAAGUUGACAUCAUUAGAAAGAAGAUAUUAUCCUCUUUUCUACUGUAGGUAUAGCAAUAUUCAUAAAACCUUUUGAAAUACAAAUAUUUUUUUCCCCCUAGGAGGCCACAGAGCCCCAGUUGAAUAUCCCUGCCAUAGAGCAUAAAUCCCUUUUAGUCCAGGAGUUGGCUUAACCUGGAAACUGGUGCUGAAAGGCUAGAGGAAUUUACAGUUUUUCAACGUCCCUCCUGUCUACAUUGUUGUCUCUUGCCAGAUCAGGCACUACCUAGAUCCUCAGAUUCACGAGUUGUUCCAGAGGAAGCUGAGAGACCGAGCCUUGCAGGAGAUGCCCAACUUCCGCUGGUGUGCCCACGUAAGACAACAUCUCGCUCAUCUUUCUGGUUCUCCUGCUUGUCUCUUCGGCUCUCUCUUUUUCUUUGUCUCCACCUCAUUCUCCUCCUUGUCUCUCUCUUUCCCCCUCGUUCCCUCCCUUUCCCUCCCUUUCAAUUCAAAACCCUGCGAUCUAAGCUUCAAUACCCCACUAGAUAAGACAUGUGUGUUAUGUUGCUCCUUCAGACAGUGGCCUGAUCAUCCAGGUGCUUAUCAAUGUCAGUUUGUGUGCAAUGUUCUAGUGCUCCUUUGGCCUUCUACAUGAGGCUGACCAGCUGAGGAUGGACUGUCCUAGUUGUAGGAAGAGCACCUGCUCCCAAUGCAAGAAUGCAGUAAGUAAUGUAUUCAUGUACACUCACUCACAUAGUAGUGAAACCCAGACUCAAGCUACAUUCAAAUUGUUGGAAAGCCUUGUAUCUACCUUUUUAACAACUUUUCGGUACACCAGUGGGCUCCACAACACCAGGGUCUUUCCUGUGAGAAGUUCAGAGAGUGGCAACUCCACAAUAACCCGGAGUACCAGACCGCAAGACUGGAGAAUCUCCUCAGCAGGAAUAAAAUAGGUACACACAUACUACUCCUACUUUCAGUAUUUUGUUUAUUUGAACCCUCGGUUUAUGAUGCACACAGUUGUAUAGGUCUGCUAGCUGUUAGCCUAUCUGAAUAACAUUUUGUGUCAUGACUGUGUAAUUGAGUUGUCAAUAUUAAAGCCAUCUUUUUGUGUUAUGAUUAUAACAGCGUUAUGUAGUAUUUUUUAUGUUUAGUUCAGAUUAAACAUCUUAUGUCCCCAAAUCUUUAUUGGAUGACACACAUGCAAUAUUUUUGAAUUUCUGUCUUGGUGAGAAAGACAUUUCACUGUAAGCCAUAUUUAACUGCAUAUAUUAUUUGUCUCGUUUCAGAAUGUCCAAAAUGCAAGUUUGUGUUCUACCUCUCAAAGGGAGGGUGUCUCCAUUUCAAAUGCACCCAAUGCCAGCACGAGUUCUGUGGCGGCUGUAACAGGCCCUUCAAAUUAGGCGCGGUAAGUCUCCUAGUUGAAUCUGAGCUAAUGCUUUAGCAUACAUUUUAAAGGAGAAUUUCAGUCAAAAGUAGAUUUUUUAAAGUUGUAUUAUUUUAAUAUUUUAUCUUAUAUGUCUAUCAUUUGUCUUAACCCAGAUACACUAGUCAAAAUCAGUAGUAGAGCGCUAGGAAAUGCAAUCCUAUAACAUGCUUAAAGCCACGCUCUGUAAGAUACAUAUUCAUACCAAUUUUUUUAAUUUAUUUAAACAGUCUGGAUGAAACAACAAUACUAGGUAAAAUAAGGUAAAACUUCAAAAAAAUUUACUUUCCCUCUAAUAAAUGAGAUCUUCAGGGGUGUGACUUCUCGGCUGAGUGCGGGUCCAAGGGGUUACAUGCCCACCACCCCAGGGACUGCCUGUACUACCUGAGGGACUGGAACGUGCCCAGACUACACAAGCUACUUCAGGUAAAUUCUACACAACCUAUAUUUACCCAUCAUGCUAUGUACCAUAAUAAUCUCUGACGAAAGAUAGAGAAAACUGAGCAUUAACCUUUGUGCUGAAAGAGAAUUGCAAUUUUUCAUGUAUCCGAACUAAACAUUCAAUACACCCUUUUCCAGCUUUACAGAGUGUCCCUCGCUGGCAUGGUGAAAUCCAAAGAGGGCUCUACAGGGACAAACACACAAGGUAAAGCACAAGCCAAAAGAGGUUGUACUUUACCAAUCAUUAUGUUAGAAUCUACCGGUAAUAGUUAACAGCAGCAGCCACAUUUAACUGUGAAUACUACAUAAUAAAUAUAAAAUGUUACAAACAAAUGACGUGAAACAAGCUUCAAUCAGAAGCAGACAGAAGCAUUUGUUUUUGAAACACUUCUAUUCCCAUGUGUCAGGUGUGUGUGCAGUCCUGGAGCACAGAGAGAUGGGUAGAGACGGGCCUUGUGGUCGACCCACUCUUCCAGAGUACAGCGGCUACUGCGCGUAAGACACCCAAGUUUCUUCCUUCUAGGAACUUUUUACUGGCCACUGUGCUUCUGCUUCUACUUACUCUGCAGGGUCUAGGCUUGGUUUACUGUAAAGCACUUUGUGACAACUGCUGAUGUAAAAAGGGUUUUUAUAAAUACAUUUGAUUCAAUUCGAUUCCCUAGCUUACACUAUAAAGAGUGUCUAGUGGAGCUGAUCAACCGGAGUCACGCGGAUCCAGCCGUUCUGUUCGAUGUGGCCGAGAUGUUGGCCGAGUUACAGAGGUGGCACAUUCCUGUUCCACAGAAGAACCCUCAGGAACCUGAGGCACUCUAUGUACAGCACCUUAGACAGGUGAGCCACAGGGGGAGACUGCCCACAAGAGGCUUUUUACACUGUUUGAUGCUGGCCAGGACCUGAGAUGGUUUUGGUAACACUGAUUUAGUCAGUUCCCAAGUGUUCAUUUGCGUCCAUAGCUCGCUGGUCCCUGGGACAUUCUGUAUUAUUUAAAGAGCCUUUUUUUCAUUUAACACUAGCACAACUGAUGCAACUCAUGAAGGGCUUACUGAUCAUUAGGCUAGUAGUCUAUAAUCAGGUGUGCUUGUUCUGGAUUUUAACAAAUAAGUGGAGUAGUUGGGACUGGGUUGAUUCCAGUACUGGUCUGGAAAACACUGCCAUAAUGCUAUGUAUGUGUCCCCUCUCCCGGUCCCAGACCCUGACUAGGAUGGUUGGCCUGAGGGACAACAAGCUGCCCCCUGUGAAGGUGAAAGAUGACCUUUGCCCCCUACCCUCGUCGAGCCCUGCGGGACCACGCUGGUCUUCUGCUCAGAGCAACACACCAAGGCUCUUCCCUGAUGACUCCCAAUUGCUGCUCUUGCUCAACGACUAA